GGCGGCGGCGGCGGCAAGGGCUGAGGGCACAGCCAGCGGGCGGCGCGCCGCGGACUCCCAGGCAGCCCGCCGAAAGAAUCCUGAAUAUCACUGUAAAGAGACGGCGGUCCAUCUUCUCAUCUAGAGAAUUGUUCUCAGGAUCAACAGACAAGAGGAUUAGCAGCUCUGGACUUUUAAAGUGAUGGAUUUCCCAGCCUUACACUGAGAAGCUGAACAACAACAACAACAAAAAAGGCAUCCUUUCUGGAAUCAGCAUAGCAAAAUGAGAGGUGCAGAAACAACGCUGGGGAGAAGCAAGGUCGUCUGUUGAACUGUCUUGCCUUUGGCCCAGAACUUAGCUCAGACUCAACUCUGGCCCUGAAUUUACCUUCCACACUUUGGUUCAAGGCCUGGAGUGAUGUGUCCCCUCUCCAGAGCAUCUUUCGUUCUGUGAGGCCCAAACCAUGACCACCAGUAGCCACGCAUGUCCCGUCCCAGCAGUGAAUGGACACAUGACUCACUAUCCAGCUGCACCCUACCCAUUGCUCUUCCCACCGGUCAUCGGAGGACUUUCCCUGCCUCCCCUCCAUGGCCUGCACGGCCACCCUCCUCCGAGUGGAUGCAGCACACCGUCGCCUGCGACGAUUGAAACACAGAGCACCAGUUCUGAGGAGCUCGUCCCCAGCCCGCCGUCUCCGCUUCCUCCCCCGCGUGUGUACAAACCCUGCUUCGUCUGCCAGGACAAAUCAUCCGGGUACCACUAUGGGGUCAGCGCCUGUGAGGGGUGUAAGGGGUUUUUCCGCAGAAGUAUUCAGAAGAACAUGAUUUACACUUGUCACCGAGAUAAGAACUGUGUUAUUAAUAAAGUCACCAGGAAUCGAUGCCAGUACUGUCGACUCCAGAAGUGCUUUGAAGUGGGAAUGUCCAAAGAAUCUGUUAGGAAUGACAGAAACAAGAAAAAGAAGGAGCCUUCGAAGCAAGAAUGCACGGAGAGCUAUGAGAUGACAGCAGAGAUGGACGAUCUCACAGAGAAGAUCCGCAAAGCCCACCAGGAAACCUUCCCCUCGCUCUGCCAGCUGGGCAAGUACACCACGAAUUCCAGUGCUGACCAUCGAGUCCGACUGGACCUGGGGCUCUGGGACAAAUUCAGUGAACUGGCCACCAAGUGCAUUAUUAAGAUCGUAGAGUUUGCUAAACGUCUGCCAGGCUUCACCAGCUUGACCAUCGCGGACCAAAUCACCCUGCUGAAGGCCGCCUGCCUGGACAUCCUGAUUCUUAGAAUUUGCACCAGGUAUACUCCAGAACAAGACACCAUGACUUUCUCAGAUGGCCUUACCCUAAAUCGAACUCAGAUGCACAAUGCUGGAUUUGGUCCUCUGACUGACCUUGUGUUCACCUUUGCCAACCAGCUCCUGCCUUUGGAAAUGGAUGACACAGAAACAGGCCUUCUCAGUGCCAUCUGCUUAAUCUGUGGAGACCGCCAGGACCUUGAGGAACCAACAAAAGUAGAUAAGCUACAGGAACCUUUGCUGGAAGCACUAAAAAUUUAUAUCAGAAAGAGAAGACCCAGCAAGCCUCACAUGUUCCCAAAGAUCUUAAUGAAGAUCACAGAUCUCCGCAGCAUCAGUGCUAAAGGUGCAGAACGUGUCAUUACCUUGAAAAUGGAAAUUCCUGGAUCAAUGCCACCUCUCAUCCAGGAAAUGCUGGAGAAUUCUGAAGGACAUGAACCUUUGACCCCAAGUUCAAGUGGGAACCCAACAGAGCACAGUCCCAGCAUCUCACCCAGCUCAGUAGAAAACAGCGGCGUCAGUCAGUCACCGCUGGUGCAAUAAGACACUUUCCAGUUACUUCAAACAUUCCCCAGGACCUUCAGUUCCGGGAUUUCAAAUGCAAGAAAAAACAUUUUUACUGCUGCUUAGUUUUUGGACUGAAAAUAUAUUAAAAUUCAAGGACCAAGAAGUUUUCAUAUGUAUCCAUAUAUACUCCUCACUAACUUACCCAGAAACACAAACUUUUAAAUUCUAAAAAUCAGCCAUUUCGUGCAACCAGAAACUAGUUAAAAGCUUCUAUUUUCCUUUGAACGCUCAAGAUUGCAUGGCAAAGACCCAGUCAAAAUGAUUUACCCUAGUUAAGUUUCUGAAGACUUUGUACAUACAGAAGUGUGGCUCUGUUCUCUCUACACUGUAUGUUUGGUGCUUUCCUUUUGUCUUGCAUACUCCAAAUAGCCGAGACACCAAGGUUAUGAAAGUUCCAAAAAAUAACUGUCUUGCUUUCCAGACUACUCAAGACAUCAAGGUAAGGAAAUGGGACUAUACUGUACAGUAUGACAAGCUAAGGCUGAAGACACUCUGAUUUAGUUAGUAUGGAAGCUUGUCCUUGCUCUUUUUGAUGCUCUUAAAUUGCAUCUUUUAUUUCAUGUUGCCCAGUAAAAGUAUACAAGUCCACUGCACUAGCAGAAAAGGAUUCUGUAUCUGUGUAACUGCCAGUUCAGUUAAUCCAAUGUCAUUUGUUCAAUUGCUGAUGUCACUUUAAAUUGAAAGUGGUUUAUUACUUUUAAUGACAUAACUACAAAAUUUUUUUUUAAAGAUACAUUUUUUUACAGUAAUGAUAGCCUCCAAGGCAGAGACACUUUUCAGUGUUAAUAAGUUUUUGUUUACCUAUUCACAAGCCAUUAGGGAAAGUUCAUGGGUAUUAGCAGGCUGGUCUACCAUCUGUAUACCAUGUAACUCUAGUGUCCUUCUUGAUCCAUGCCUGAUAGAGGAGUUUUUUUUCCUGCCUUCUUGAUGCCCAGGGGCUAACGUUAACUCCCAAAGGCACGGCAGAGCAUUGCAUCCUUUGACCUUGUUCAAUCACUAUGAAGCAGAGUGAAAGCUGUGGUAGAGUGGUUAAAAGAUACAAGUGUCAGUUUCUUAGUUCUCAUUUAAGCACUAGGGAAUUUUUUUUGAUAUAUUAGCAAGUCUGUGAUGUACUCUCACUGGCUCUGUUUGUACAUUGAGAUUGUUUAAUAAUGCUUUCUAUGUUCAUAUACUGUUUACCUUUUUCCAUGGAGUCUCCUGGCAAAGAAUAAAAUAUAUUUAUUUUAAAGUUGUA